GACUUUAUAUUCGCUCAGCUCUCUAUAGCCAUUUUUUUUUUCACUGCGAAAAUUAAGUUUGACGUGCGAGCCUACAAAAUUUUCGAGUGCACUACUUCUUACAGAAAAAUACACUCAAUAACCAUCUACAUGUAACAUGUUCUCAUUGAAUUCUUUAAAUACCCAAAACCAGAUUUUAGUUAGUUUUAGCCAAUUAUCUUCAAGAUAUUCAAGUGUUUUCCGUCAUCGUAAGCAAAACAGUGGGAAAAGUAAAAAUGUGAGGGGGCAAGAGAGCUCGGCAGCAGUGUAUGACGCAAUAAUUUGUAAAGAAAGUCUUGAAGAAACUAUCAGGAACUUUGAUAAGAAUGUCUUAAGUGAGAUGAGAAGCAUAGAGCUUCGUACCCUCGCGAGCAAGGCGUGUCGUCCGCGUCUCCGCGAGCUAGCGUCCUCGCGCAAGGUGUCCCAUGUCUCCGCAGACACCUUCGACCAGAACAAGAAUGGCUGGUCACAGCUACCCACCGUCACUGUGCAUCUCUCUAGGAAGAAUACCAGGUUCAGCUUCACAGACAACUUCGUGGGUCUCCUGGCGCGUGGCAUGGAAGGUUCCACCUUCCAGUACGCGGUGCAGGUGCGCGGGUUCAAGACCGAGCGCGCCAUACACGCAGACCUGAAGCGGAACCCCAAUAUUAUUAGUAGAUUGCGUCUAGGCACGCAGGACCCCAUAGACAAGCAGGCCCCAAACCCGGAGGUGGCCCCCAGACUAGAGAAGUUACUAAAUGAAGACUCCGCACACCUCACUCAUCAACAGAAGGAUAAGAUCAAGAUUGCUUUCGCUGAGGGGUAUCUAGCAGGUUCUCACCCAGAUAACGUGCGCGGUACGAAGGCGUCAAAAUAUCUGAAGUUAGUUCAACAACUGCUGACCAUCGUGCUGUUCCUGGCUAUAUUCGUCAGUCUCAUGGCGUCCGUCAGUGGCACUGUCUUCCGGAUCCAGUUGGGCAACCAAGUGGAGGUGGACCCUGAGGACAUCUCUGUCACAUUCGAUGAUGUCAAGGGAGCUGACGAGGCUAAACAGGAGCUUAAGGAUGUUGUGGAAUUCCUAAAGUCUCCCGAGAAAUUCUCGACCCUCGGUGGGAAGUUGCCCAAGGGUGUAUUGUUGGUGGGUCCCCCGGGGACCGGCAAGACGUUGCUGGCGCGGGCCGUGGCCGGGGAGGCGCGGGUUCCAUUCUUCCACGCGGCCGGACCGGAGUUCGAUGAAAUACUCGUCGGCCAGGGCGCUAGGAGGGUGCGGGAUCUGUUCAAGGCGGCGAAGGAGCGCGCUCCGUGCGUGAUAUUCAUCGACGAGAUCGACUCCGUCGGAGCCAAACGGACCAACAGCGUGCUACAUCCUUAUGCCAACCAGACAAUAAACCAGUUACUAUCAGAGAUGGACGGCUUCCACCAGAAUGAGGGCGUCAUCGUACUCGGCGCCACCAACAGACGAGACGACCUCGACCAGGCACUACUCAGACCUGGACGGUUCGAUGUCGAGGUGACGGUGCCGACGCCGGACUACGGCGGGCGGCGCGAGAUCCUGGAGCUGUACCUGGCGCGGGUCCGCGCCCACCAGGACGUCGACCCCGACGUACUCGCGCGGGGCACCACCGGCUUCACCGGCGCCGACCUCGAGAACAUGGUCAACCAGGCCGCGCUCAAGGCAGCGAUAGACGGUGCAAAGACAGUGUCAAUGAAAUACCUUGAGGACGCUCGGGACAAGGUCCUGAUGGGCCCGGAGAGAAGAUCCAGACUGCCUGAUGAAGAAGCUAACACCAUCACUGCCUACCACGAGGGUGGACAUGCUAUUGUCGCGUAUUUCACUAAGGACUCUCACCCGCUGCACAAGGUGACCAUCAUCCCGCGCGGCCCGUCCCUCGGACACACGGCAUACAUACCCGCCAAGGAGAGAUACCACGUAACCAAACAGCAGCUCCUAGCGAUGAUGGACACCAUGAUGGGAGGCCGUGCCGCCGAGGAACUUGUCUUCGGACCUGAGAAGAUCACCUCCGGAGCGUCAUCAGACCUGAAGCAAGCGACGGCGAUAGCGUGCCACAUGGUCCGCGAGUGGGGCAUGAGUGAGAAGGUCGGGCUGCGCGCCCUGGAGCCGGCCCGGCCCGCGCUGCACAGCGCCGAGCAACUCGGCCCUUACACCAACGAACUGGUGGACGGCGAGAUCAAGAAGAUACUAUCAGAGAGUUACGAGCGCGCCAAGGCGAUACUGCGCACUCACGCCAAGGAACACAAGGCACUAGCAGAGGCAUUGUUGAAAUACGAAACUCUAGACGCAGAUGACAUAAAAGCUAUAAUGAACGGCGAAAAAAUCAAAGUGGAGCGCCACGGUCGGCCGAGCAAGGAACCUGCACCCAGCUCGGCGCCCGCAGCGCCCUCUGGCGCCGGACUACUGGGCACCCCACACCCGGCGCCCGCCUAGCGCCCUAAACUCCCCAAUCGUGUAAAUUGAAAAUUUUGCAGGCGAACUGUAAACAUUUUAAAUAAAAAUAAGUAAAACAUGCAAUGAUUAGUCGGCGUUUGAUUGUAGCUAGUCUCGUAAGGAAGAUGGCGGUGUAUAUGUGAUAUAACACCGCAUUACGGUUUUUUCUAUACGGUUAACCGCGAAACGGCCCGAGGUUUACGCACUACGGUUAUAACCGUAAUAUUUUCAACCUCAAUUUCUACCACUUAGUUCUUUAUAUUACAAUUUUGUAGCACUUGUUUUAUUCUAAAAUUUCAAUUUUUCAAAAUGCGUUUAGACCGUAGUGCGGUCUGAGUCUUAGAGUUGAUUGACAAAAAAAUGACGUCACAAAAAAGAAUAUCCUUCUAAAAAUAACUAGUCUCGAAUUGUGAUUGGCUAUCGAGUAAAGCCCAGAUAGUGCUGCCAUCUUUCGCUAGCUGUUUGAAAACUUCUUCGGAAAAGUACUCAAAUAUUAUAAUUUUAUAAGUUGUAUCUUGCUACUGGGUCCCUUCUGAAGGAGAAGGGAUAAUGGAAGCUUAAAGACUAUUUAUAAAAAUGUGUUAUAUUUGUAAAACGAUUAUAACGUAAGUAACUAAAAAUUAGUUACUAGCUUCUGCUCGGCUCCUAUUAAUCGCAGCGUGAUGUUUUAUGGCCUGGAGCCUUCCUCGACAAAUGGACUAUCUAACACAAUAAGAAUUAUUCAAUUCGAUUCAGUAGUUCCAGAGAUAAGUGCGUUCAAGCUAACUACCUUUACAAUAUGACUAAAGUAAAUAUUAAAGAAAAAUGGACUCUAUUUUACUGAGACUGGGUUUAUAAUCGUUUUAUGAAUAUCGCAAUCGACAUGUAAAACUAUUAAGUGAUUAAUUGGUUUUCAAAAUAAAAUUUUAUCCAUGUACAGACA